GAGCCGUGUCUCGGUGGCACAGCUCUGCUGACAGCCGGCAGUGGCGAGCCAGGCCAUGGGCUGGUGCGUGUGACAGGGUCACUCGCCCUCCCUCCGUCCCUCCCGCCGGGCCGGCAGCGCAUCCUGUCCCUUGUGUCCCCAGCAGCGCGGCGACAUGCGCCUAUGACCAUGGAGAUGAAGGACUCGGGCAGCGUGGUGCUGACAGCCUACCAUCCCCACAGCCCGGCCAGGAUCCCGGGCAUGGAGCAGAGCUUUGUGCAGGAUAUCCCCCCCGGCCAUUCGCCCGCCAGCAGAAAGUCCCUCUCCCGUUGUCGAAGGAUUAACAGGAUGCUUUCCAACGAGUCAGCCCCUCCUCCUGCGUUCAGUCGCUCCAAUUCUCAGGCCUCCGUGGACAGCACCUCCAUGGAAGACUUCUGGUGUGAAGUAGAGAGUAUCAAAGAGAGCAGAGAAGAUGGAUCUGAAGAAGCAAUGCUCUUGGAGUUCAAACCUGCUGAUGAAGGGGAGCUGGAGGCAGAAUGGCUGCAAGACGUGGGUUUAUCCACGUUGAUCUCAGGAGCAGAAGAGGAGGAUGGCCAAGCCCUGCUGUCCACUCUGACCAGAACUCAAGCUGCUGCUGUUCAGAAGAGGUACAAYACCUACACUCAGACCCUGAGGAAGAAGAACAAGCACACAGUCCGGGAUGUGCGAGACAUCUUUGGCACCGGUGACUCUCCCCCCACAUUUGAGACAGUUCCAGUGUCACCAGUAUCUUCUAAUGGUAUCCAGCUUCCUGGGCAGAAGCCAGUUUGGAAAUCAGUUAGCUCUAACAGUUGUCUAGACUGUGGAAYAGAUAAAGGCAGCCCAUCCAUAACAGAAGAGCUCUCCUAUGAGGUCUCUUUCUCAGAAUCCAUUACAGUCCUUCCAAAAACCCAAGAGUGGCCRAAAAACCAGAGAUUCAAGAAGGAAGACUCGGCUUUGCCAAAAUUCAUCGUUCGGAAAAGCCGGUUUGGACUGACAGAGGUUGGGGACCUSUCUCCUGAAGACAUGAAGAAGAUUCGCUACCUCUCCCUGAUCGAGCUCACGGCCUUCUACGACGCGCUGGGCGUGGAACUGAAGAGGAACCGUGUGGAGAGGGUCCGGGGACGAGAGAAUGGUCUUUUCGGAGUCCCUCUCACCGUACUGCUGGAGAAUGAUCAGAAGAAGUUUCCUGGAAUUAAAGUUCCCCUCAUCUUCCAAAAACUGYUGCUCAAGCUUGAGGAAACGGGUUUGGAAACUGAAGGAAUUCUGCGGGUUCCAGGAUCUGCUUCCAGAGUCAAGAAUCUUCAUCAAGAACUUGAGGCAAAAUUUUAUGAAGACACUUUUGACUGGGACCAAGUGCGAAAUAACGAUGCAGCGGGACUGCUGAAAAUGUUUAUAAGAGAACUCCCAAGCCCACUCUUCACAGUAGAAUAUCUGCCUGCMUUCAUCACACUAGUAGAAAAAAUCUCCAAGAUCAAGUUACAACUACAAGCUUUGCAUCUGUUGAUCAUGCUGAUGCCUGAAGCCAACAGAGACACAGCCAAGGCCUUUCUUCAGUUCCUGAAGAAGGUGGUUGCUAAUGAAGGGAAAAACAAGAUGAAUUUGUGGAACGUGUCUAUGAUUGUUGCACCCAAYCUCUUCAUCUACAAAGGGAAACGUGCAAACCAACAAGAAAUGCAAGCAGCCGCCACCACCGCRCACAUUGUGCGGCUUUUAAUUCGGUACCAGGACAUCCUGUGGACAGUCCCAUCAUUCCUGAUUUCCCAAGUGAGAAAAAUGAAUGAGGCAGCAAUGAACAACAGCAAGAGACAACUGAUGUUYGACAAAGGAGUGAGAAAGCUUUUGAGGAGAAAGACCAUGGAACGGGAGAGACCUGAAMGACCAGAGGGAGCUGUCACUUUUCCUCCAUACUUGCAGUCUGACAUACCCGAGGGGGUGAUAAGAGUUUAUGCUCCGCUGCAUUCAAAAGUCUCUAUGGCGAUUCAACUCAACAGCCAAACAAAAGCCAAAGACAUCCUGGCUCGAUUCCACUGUGAAAACAGUCAUGGAUCUUCACAGAACGUGAGGGGCCAGAUCCAAAGUUUACAUGAAAUUGGAGGAAAUAUAGGUCAGCACUGUUUGGAUCCAGAUGCGUUCAUGUUAGACGUGUACCGUGCAAAUCCUCAGGCGGAAUGGGUGAUAAAACCAAAAGCCAGCUGAAGAAGAAGGCAGCAGCGUACUGGAUAAAAGCCGAUGGACAAGAGUGAUGUCUGUUGUUUCAAGCAGCUCUUGCAGAGACAAAACAAAAUGGUAGCUACAGGACAUCAUUCCUUCCUACUGAACUGUCCAGCUGAUGGUCAGCACACAGUACUUUCGGUAUUCCAGCUUCCGAACCAUCAGAAAAAUAUCACGUUAGUUAUGCUUUCAUAUGGAUCACACUUGUGCCAGUUGGCCCAGGAGGUGAGGAGGGCAGACCAAGGUACGGUGCACAGAAAACAAACUGUCACGUUUGAGUUGUUCGUUUCCUGACCUGGUGUCAGAACACAGAUUUGUGGAAAUAAUCCAGAGGCGUCAGAGGAUGAAUGAAACACUACCAACCACAGCCUAAUACAGAAGCACCACAGAGACAUUGGACAAGAURAGGUGUCUGUCAGGCGUGGAAGACUCAACAUGCAGCAGUGCCAAGACAUAGCUGUGUGAAAAAAAACAAACCUUUCUGCUGAAAGUAAACCCAUACAAUGUGUUAUUGUAACACUUACGGCUCUCAGUCACUCCUSAUGAGUACCUGAUACUGGGGGAGGGAGGCAGGAGGAGGAACUACAGACAGCUGUACAAUCUUCCAAAAUCUUGUCUGGAUCCCUUACCUGUGUGCAGUUACAAUGCCACAAACCAUGYUCUUCUUUCCCCUGUCACACAAGUUUCAGGAGACAAAGGCUACGUGGUUAGGGGCAUAGGCCCCUAGCUCUGCCUGUUACUUGAUACUCUCAAAAUUCUAAAUCUGUGUUAUGCCAGACUAUGAGAUGYUUUAAUGGUGCCACUUACAGUCAUCACCUUUUUUGUUAAACAUUAUAGUUUGUAAUCUAGUUAUUUUUAUUUUGUUUAUUUUAGCUUUAAUAUGUAAGCAAUUUUUAUACUCUUCAGCUGCAUCGACAACAGAGAUCUUUGUUCAGGUCUUGUAUAAUACAGCAUGGAGAAGAAAAAGAGCUUCCUAUGAGAAAAGGGAAAUAAUUUACGCAUUAGGUCUUUAAAACCAUAUCCAAACAAGGCCCAGUUGUGCUGGGGGUUUUACAAACACGCAGCAAAUUGCAGCUGGCAUGCAGUCUAAGAARACACACAGGCUGACAAGAGAACAGUGGGCUGCAGUGGAAAUGUCAGAUAGGAUGUCUGGCUUGGAGCUAGUCACAAGAGAAAGCAAUGUUCGUCACUUAAUCAUCUCAAUUUGGGCUAUGCUGAACUACAGGAGGUUUGAGUAGGGAAAUCACAAAUCUCUGGAAAAGACCCAAGUAUUUUUUUUCUCUUUGUCAUAUGCAAAGAGUGGGAUCCAAUGUCUUCAAUUGCACUGCAAUGUCCCCAUCAUAAGAUGAUGAUGMUGCACAAUGAAUCCAUCCCCAGGCUGAGCAAUGCUUUUUGUUCCUGAUCUGGACACAGGGUUGGGACAGCAGUUCUGUUUAUCACAUGUAAAAGCAUUCUGAACCAAGUCCUGCAGGUGAACGUAAAGUCGGCUGUCCUGCAGAGAAAGCCUGUGACUUGUGAUGCUCUGCUGAAGYUGUGCAAUGAGGAUCUGAAUGAAAAACAGAGCCUCUAAAAUGUGGCAAGUUAAUCAUAUUCUCCAGUAGUUAACUUCCAUUGUUAGUGGUCAGUGACAGAAAUCAACAUUGAAUCARUAACUCUACCAGCAACAAUAAUAUCUACGGAAGGCAGAUCCUGUCUUCUUUCUUAUCUUCUUGAUAAAAAAAAAAAUGAUAAAAAUUCAGCAACAUUAUCCUUUCAUUUUCUUUAAAACAGUGACAUUUUCAAAUUUCCUGCUUGUUUUUCUUGUUUUUCCUUUUUCUUCUCGAUACUAAAAGAGAUAUAAUUUUAGCCAGAAAAAAAACAAGACAGUUGUAUUAUAAAAUACACUCCUUAUUUUGACAACUAUUUAUUUWAAGUACACAAGAGAUAGUAGAUCUGUGGCUUGUUUAUAGGACUGAGCAUAAAUGUUUUGUCAUGUGCUUUGCUCCCAAUGCCCUUUAGUUCCCUCUGUGGCAAUGGACAGCUCUUUCUACAUAGGCGGCCCUUGUCUGUCAGCUCUGAAGCAGGACCAGCACCUUCCAUACAAAGGCAACGUGAGAAUUGGUUAAAUCCUACUCCCAGAUGCAGCCAGACAAUUCCCUGAGCAGAUCAGGAGUUAUAAAAUCCAUCUGGGAAGAACAAACUCAGCAAAGGGUUUUUUUUUUUUAUGUGGGAAGUGCUUUGAAUACAAAGAGAAUCAUUUAAAUGCUAAGCAUCGUUGUAUCUGUAGCCAACUAAAAGGGGUUCUGUGACUAGACAGAAUGCCUAAACAUUAAGAAAAUUAUCUGAAAUGUCAUAGCAAAUGAACUAAUUUUCUACAAUACUUUCAGACAAAUACAUUGACCUCCUCCAUCUUGCCCACUCACUUCAUUGUGUUYUCAAUGGCUGUGUGAGGGAAAGGACAGAACAGCUCUGUGUUCACGCUGUUAACUAGCUCAGCAUCUCCUGGACCUCAUCAAUAUUAUUUCUGAAACAGAUCUCCCUGUGUUCCGCACAGGGGGGUUUUGGAAGGCUUUUACCAAUUUACAACUUAGGAAAGUCAAAUAUGAUGUAAUAAAAUCCACCCUGUGAGCACUUGUUUUAUGCUAGAAYUGCUAUAAGUUUUUAAGACAUGCAYAUUAGCAGAUGAACCACUUUUUGCAUAGAGUGCCCAGAGGACCACAGCAUGGCCAAAUACCAAAUACCUCUUGUCUCUGAAACAGAAUGUCAAAAUCCGUUUUUGAUACAAAUACCCUAAUGACCCACGUGUGGUGGUUAAUACCGUUCCACAUUAAGUUGUUUGUCAUUGUUUUGGUACACUAACUUGAUUUAAUAUGCAGCAGACAAAUGGAACAACCUCAAUGACAUUUUGAAAUACGAGGCUUCAACUUUAGGCCUUAUAUUUCAAGAUGCUGAUGGAGGCAUGAGGAAUUUUGUUCCUCCUAACAGAGGCUGAAGUCAAAACUAAGUUGCUAGAGGACUGUCACCUAACCAAAAGUAACAUACAUGGAAAGCUAUUGUUAAGAAAGUGGUAGCAAGCAGGGAGAAAUUUAUUGAAACUCCAAAGAUGCCUCAAGCAUUUAYAUACUCCAUGGUUCUACAAAUACAGCAUUUUGCAUACCAACACAUAGAGAGAGAGUAUUGUAAAAAAUGGACUGGAAUGCUUUAACCUGUGUAUUCAGCUAAUGUCAUUAGAAAGUGUGUGUGUGUGCAAAUGUGUCUGUGUCCGUGUAUCAUAUUAACUACCUCACUCUGCAUUUUCCAGGAAAAAUGUUUUGGCCUAGAGGUUUACUACUUAAUCUAUUAUCAGUUUCACAUUAACACUGACAAUGUAUUUCUUUUUGUAUGAGGCAAGAUUUGAAAUUACAAAAAAAAAAAAAACAACUAGUAAAAUACGUAUUUUGGGAUAUGGAUGAAAUUUUAUCCAAACCAUGUUGCCUAAAUAAUGCUUUUAAUGUGAACCUUGUGAGAUCAGAUGUUGGGGUUAACAGAUAAUGAAUACAAACACACUGUGUUUAAAUUUUAUUUUUCAAUGGGUUUCUAUUCAUGUGUGUCUUUCUCUGGAAAAUWAUACAAUGCCACUGRUGAAAGCAAAGUGUUUGUAUGUACGUUUCCCUUCCAAUCCUCAUUAUGUUGUGUGUUUUGUUGAAGUACGCCAACACGUUAGUGUAUUUGUACAGCAGAGUGUGUCCAUUGUAUUGUAUCCRUGUCAAAAAUAAAAACAAUACCAACAAAGCCAGCUCUUCAAAUCUAAGCACGCGUGUUUUGGRUAG